AUGUCUGCAUCAAUCAAUUUGAAUUAUGUAUUGGGACUCAUUGAUGGUGUCCUCUUUCUUUGGGCACUCUUUCAAUUGAUACGAAUUUAUUAUUAUUCAAGGUCAGGUGUAAAGAACCUUAAACCAAAGACCAUAUUUCAUUUCAUCAUAGCAAUUGCUAUGUUAGCAUAUGGAUGUUUAUUGUUAUUUUGGAUCGAAUUAUAUACUAGAUUCUCAAAACCAUACGUUACAUCUAGAGAUUUCUGGAGGAAAUGGAGACCUUUUAUCAUUAUUUUCAAUGUUUUAUUGGUGUCACUCACUGUCACUUGGAUCGUGGUGUUGGUUGUAUGGGCGAAACCAAACAACUACAGAAUGAAUAUAGUCGAACAGAUCUCGGAAGGAUUCGUUAGUUGUUGCUUUUUAGUGGCUGGUUUCGGUUUCUUUUUGUUUGGAAUCCUGCUGUUCCUUGCAAUCAGACGAUUGGGAAGUUUGUCUUCGCCAUCGCCGAAAACCAGUCUGCUAUCGGCACCUGCACCACCAGAAUCGAUUAGAGCAGCAGUGGUAGGAUCGAUCUGUACCAUUUGCUUCUGUAUUCGAUCGUCUGUGAUGAUGUUUUCGAUUCGUGUGGCUGCGGUCGACCCAGACUCUGCGACGACACCAACGUUUGCGUUUGGAUGGGAGUUUGAGUUGGCUUACUUCUUCAUCACCGAGAUUCUGCCAACGAUGAUGAUGCUGUUUAGAAUGCGAAAGAUGAAACGUCGUUACAAAGGCAGCUCGGCAGAGAGUCGAUACAUCUCACAAUCCAUAAACCAAUCGUCUUCCAGCAACGGACCACAAUACCACGCACUUGUAUAUAACAACUCGGACUCUGAGCUAUCUGAUGAAUCUACUCACUCCGAUGCCUCUUCACUGUCUUCUUCACCCAAUGCAAUUACCUCUCCAUUCGACAACAGAGAUUAUAUUUCAAACUAA